AUGGGUAAACGCAAGAUGCAUGAGAUGUAUCACGUGGUAGCCGUCGGAGACGAUGAAGCCAUGGAUGAAUUUCAUCAAUUCAUGACGGCUGGCGGCCACGGCGGGAUGCAGCCCCACCCCACUUUCUCGAAGCGGACUAGUCUCGCCAAGCCCUUCUGCAAAAGAAGGCCUGCACGCCGGUCCGGACAAUCCAGUGACCAGACAUGUCACCUCUCAGUCAUCAUUUCACCUUCAGGCAAAUUGCUGGCCUUAUUUCCAUGGCCGCUACGGUCGCGCCCGGUUGCGCUCCAGAGGGUGGCUGGCCGUGGCGAAGAUAUUUCGCCUUGUUCGCAUGUUUCACGACGGCGGUCGACAGCCGCAUUGCAGUCGCGGGCCAUUGCGACAAAUGCUGCUGCUGCCCAUGAGUCUCGUCCCACUACAGACUCCCCACAAGAAAUCCUCCCUCCAACAAAACCCGUGGACCGAAAACAGGCCAUCCAGAAUGCGAAGCCCUUCUCCGAUUUCCUGACGGAUACUUUCAACCGGCAGCAUGACUACCUUCGUAUCAGCGUCACGGAACGCUGCAAUCUGCGUUGCUUGUACUGCAUGCCAGAAGAGGGCGUCCCACUUUCGCCCAACGCCAACAUGCUCACCACUCCCGAAAUCUUCUACCUCUCCUCGCUCUUCGUCUCGCAAGGUGUCACCAAAAUCCGGCUUACUGGCGGCGAGCCCACGGUCCGCCGCGACAUUGUCCCGCUCAUGCACCAAAUCGGAAGUCUGAGGUCAAAAGGCCUCCGCGAACUUGCCCUCACGACAAACGGAAUUUCUCUACAUCGAAAACUCGACGCCAUGGUCGAGGCUGGGCUGACAGGGAUCAAUCUCAGUCUGGACACACUCGACCCCUUCCAGUUCCAGAUCAUGACGCGUCGAAAAGGCCUGGAUGCAGUGAUGAAAUCCAUUGAUCGCAUACUGGAAAUGAACAAGCUAGGAGCCGGUGUCAAGCUCAAGGUCAAUUGCGUUGUGAUGCGCGGACUCAACGAAAGGGAAAUCAUACCCUUUGUCGAAUUGGGCCGGGAAAAGGACAUUGAAGUCCGCUUCAUCGAGUACAUGCCCUUUGGCGGUAACAAGUGGAGUGAAGGUAAGAUGAUCAGCUUCCAGGAGAUGCUCGACAUCAUUCGCGUCAAAUACCCCGGCCUCGCAGCCGUGCCCGGUCACAAGAACGACACGAGCAAAACGUUUCAAAUUCCUGGCUUUGUCGGCAAGGUUGGCUUCAUCACAAGCAUGACAAACGACUUUUGCAGUUCUUGCAAUCGUCUGCGGAUAACAAGUGAUGGCAACCUCAAAGUCUGUUUGCAUGGUAUGGCCGAGGUCUCCCUUCGCGAUCUACUACGCCAGGGCAACAAUGGUCAACCCAUCGACCAGGAAGCAUUUGAGCGGAUACGACAACUUGAGAUGGAUCGUAGCGAAGGCCACAUGCGCGACGAAACUCCUCUUGGAUGGGGCCAGAGAGAACACGACCUUCUCAACCUGAUUGGCAAAGCAGUCAAGCGCAAAGAAGAGAAGCACGCUGAUUUGAACGAGUUGGCGAAAUUGGAUAAUAGGCCAAUGAUAUUAAUUGAUGGCGCUUCAGCGAGUUUUGGCCUGGGUUUACCUCCUUACAAGGAUACGCACGUGACAGGCGUCUGCUCAGGCCCACGUACAUCGCCUUUUCACACCAACUUCAAAUAUCCGAAUCGAUUGACGCUUCACGUGCCAUCUGCACCACUUGCCCAUCUGUACUCGGCCAUGUCACAAACAUCGGCUGUCCGCGCCUUUUCGACUUCGUCAAGAUUGUGGUCAGAAGUAGAGAAAGAAGAGGAUCAUGCAGUGGACGAUGGUCAGGGUGAAUCAGCCGACGUUGUUGCCAACGAGGCGGAAGAACCCGAUUUCCUAGAAACACUUAACAUAGAUGGCACUCUCGGUUUGCCAAUUGCAAAAGCGAUCAGGCAUGUCCGGAAAACACACAAGCUGACGGGUCCGGAAUACAACGAUUACUGGCGCCUGAUGGUUGAAGCCCAGUUGGUUGAAGGGGAAGAAAAAGACGGUGCAAAUGCAAAUGCUGCACGCGUGCUGACCGAUAUCGAGACGAACAACGGUAAUUUGUCUAUGGGCAAACGAUCAUCUACAACGAAACACGACAGACUAAUGGACCAUGUUCAAAAAUACGCAGACAUAGUCUCAAAGACACAAGAGACAGAGCGCAUCACAAGCUCUCGCAGAGACGCACUCACAGGUCUACUGGGUGAAAUAGAGACGCCUCCGUUUACUACGAGAUUGAUUGAAGAUCUCGAGAGAAAGAUAGUUGACCUCCAGAGUCAGAUAGGUAUGGAGAAGGCAAAGUAUGUCUCAGUUACACCAACGGCGUCUGCCAAGUUCGCAUUCAAGCCUAACGACAUUGAGAGCCAAGCGGAAUUUUCACGCCUGAAGCGCAACUCACGAGAAAUGCUCAUCAAAGAGCAUUUUCCAGAUAUUCAAAUCGAAGGUGUCGCACUUGGAUUCAUGGAGAGGGUUGCGCGGCAUUUCUACCAGGCGGAAUUCCAAUUUUCAAAACAAGGGCCAAACAACUCAGCAAAGGAUAUACAAUCAUGGGAGGAAUUGCGAACGGAAGUGAUCCAGGACCUUCGCGAUGGACUCCAACAAACUAAGGGAGUGAAGCGGUGCAUUGCCCAAGCGCGUAGGCGCAUCCUUGCACUCAUGAACGCAGCAAAGACGAGCCCAAGUCCAGUCACAGAUAGCAGCGAAGAGAAUCCUGCUGAAGGUCUCAUAUCACAAAGUUCUGAGAGUCCGGAAAUGCCUGCGGCAGUCAAAAAAGAAUUGUCGGAACUCGAGAAAACAAUCGAAGGAUAUAGACAGCAACUUCGUGUCAUCAGGACCGCGGUGUCCCAGCAGGCCCAAAGGGUUAAUGAUGUGAGGCAGCAGAAGCGAGAUCUGCAUGCUAGAAGAAAGGCUGUGCUCAGGCAGCUCGAGGAGCAGGAGCUCAGUAUGCAGCAAGCACGAUUUAUAUUACGGCCGAAGGUUUUGGACAAGGUACCCAAGCUGCAGCUUCGCACCAAUCUCGAUGAUAUCUUGGAUGAGGCACUGGUGCAAACUGGAAUGCCGGUUGAAGCGGUCGGGGCAGAUGAAGGCUCUGUUAGAGAAGGCUCUUUGCACCGGCUUGGUUUUCGCGAUGCAGGGGAGAUGGACAAUGUCAUUGAGACACGACAUGCCAGCAUACCUGGAGCUACCUCAUCGGCAGCCCCAGAACCAGGUGCUACCAUCACGAGUAGCGCUACGCCUACCAAACCUACGAUUCAGUCAGCGAUAGAUUCAAUCUCUAAGCUAUCCGGAAGUUCACUAACAACCCCACAAUCAUUGAGCUUUCAGAAGAACACCGCAACCAUUCUUUCUCCACCCGAGCGUAAACCAGGCUCGGCACUCCGCCUGCAAAUCCCCACAUCAAACACAAUAUCCAUUGACGAGACUUUGACCAUAAAUUUCUCCGCCCCAGUGCCCACACUCCAGACCCAAAUCUACGAGAUGCAAAAACGACUUCGUACCUCCUAUCCUCGCAUCGACAACCUUCCCUACGAAAUUUGGAAAAGCGAGAACAAACGUACACUCCAGACGUGGCUGAAGAUUCUCGUCGGUCGCUGGCAAACGCGCUUCGACGGAGUGAGAGAGAAGGCGGAUGCAGAGGCGGUAGAUGAACAGGUUCAAGCGGUGCUGGAUCAUAUGGUUCGAGAUCACGAUUUGAGUAAUGAGGCAGCGGAACGUAUGGCUAUGCAUUGGCAUGAGGUUGUUACGCAGAGGGGGCAAAUGGAUGGGGAUGCCGAGGGCGCACUGGACUGGGAGGAAUUUGAUGCUGGGGGAUUUGGGUUCAUGGCUGUUGAAGAGGACAACGGUGAGUUUGGGGCAAAGGCGGUGCUCCAAGAAGGUGAGGGCCGAGAGGCGGUGGAGAAUGGUGGUGCCUCGAUGCCGUCUGGAAAGAGGGGGGAUGUGAGCAGUUUCGAGCGGAUCACUAAGAGACUGUACUCUACGUCUACGCGACCGCCGAGGGAGGGACUCACGCGAUCGUCGAUAUCAACAUCGACAUCAGAAUCGCAGUCACCAACAUCGACAUCAAAACCGCAGUCACAGUCACAUCAAAAUACAACACCCAACCCACACCUUCCCCAUCUCACCCCCACGGGAACCGUCCACAUGGUCAGCGUCUCCUCCAAAAUACCCACCCACCGCACCGCCAUCGCCGCCGGCACCGUCGUCUUCUCCAACCCCGCACCGCUCUGCCUCAUCCGCAGCGCCAGCCUCAAAAAAGGCGAUGUGCUAGCCGUUAGUCGGGUCGCAGGUAUCAUGGCCGCCAAAAAGUGUCCCGACAUCGUGCCAUUGUGUCAUCCGAUUGCGUUGAGCCACGUCAGUGUCGAGGUUGAGAUGCUCAGCGCGACGGAAGCGGGUGAAUGUGAUGAACAUGCGCUGCCCUUUGGCGGUGUACAGAUCCAAGCCCAAGUCGAGUGCCAGGGCCCCACGGGCGUGGAAAUGGAGGCGCUUACUGCCGUCAUGGGCGCGGCGCUUAGUGUGCUGGAUAUGUGUAAGGCGGUGGAUAAGAAGCAGCGGAUUGAGGGGGUUAGGGUUUUGCGCAAGGAGGGCGGCAGGAGUGGGGACUGGGUUGCGGAGUGA